UUGCUAAUGCCCAAUGGUCUGCAUUUUCUCGUUCCUGCACGCGACCAGACAGGGCAGGGACCUGCCUAUAUAUAUAUUAUGUGGAUUUAAAAUAUUGUAAGUGACCGCGGACGAGUGUGGUUUUUUUCCUGGGUUUGCUUCCUGAUUCUCCCACUGGGAUGGAGCUAUUCGGCUCUGCUACUCCUUGUCUUUCGAAGUGCCCUUCAUUCCUGCUUCCUCAAUCUAGGGUUCUGGUUUUCGCCAGAACUCUUUUUCCCACCUCAACAUCUUUCCAUCGCUCCAUCUCUGCGGUAAAUCAUUGUAAUCUCAUUCGAAUGGACCCUCUCAGAACUAUCUCUUCUGCUGGCUGGGUGGAACACAACGGUUCAUCCACUACGACGUCUUCAGUUGAUUCAGGAACUACUAGAAUCGGAGAGGUGAAGAGAGUCACAAAAGAAACUAAUGUGUCGGUCAAAAUAAACCUGGAUGGUUCUGGAGUUGCUGAUAGCACCACUGGAAUUCCGUUCCUUGAUCAUAUGCUCGAUCAACUUGCUUCGCAUGGGCUGUUCGACGUGCAUGUGAGGGCAACUGGUGACAUUCACAUUGAUGAUCAUCACACGAAUGAAGAUAUUGCUCUUGCUAUUGGAACGGCCAUACUGCAAGCUCUUGGUGAUAGGAAAGGUAUAUAUCGGUUUGGUGACUUUUCUGCCCCACUUGACGAAGCAUUAAUACAUGUUUCCUUGGAUUUAUCUGGUCGACCCCAUCUAAGUUAUAAUUUGGAUAUACCCACAGAGAGAGUUGGAACCUAUGACACUCAGUUGGUGGAACAUUUUUUCCAGUCUCUAGUGAAUACUUCCGGUAUGACGCUCCACAUUCGGCAGCUUGCUGGGGAAAACUCUCAUCAUAUUAUUGAGGCAACUUUCAAAGCUUUUGCUAGAGCUCUCAAACAAGCAACAGAGUAUGAUCCACGUCGUCAUGGGACUGUGCCAAGUUCAAAGGGAGUUCUGUCUCGAAGUUGAUUGCUGAUAUCUUGGAUGAUUAUGCAAAAUUGGAUUGAGCUUCCAAUAUUAUUGUUUCCCCCGUCUAUGCUUAGAUGCAUUGUGAUAAUAGAAUUAUUAUAGCGGAGUGAUGUUUAGUUGUCAUAAUAAUGCUUUUCGAUCAGUCGGACCUAUCAUUACAAUAAUCAAAGCAUUCAGUUUCCAUUACAAGUCAAUAUGGAGAAGUUCUUAGAUAAGUUCAGCAGGCCAAGUAUCAAGUCUAUAUAUUUCUUUUAAAUAUGUUUAUUCAUUCUAAGUUAAAUCUAUGUAUACUUAUUUAUGAUACAUAUGUCUAGAACAGUAGCCUUCUUCCCUUUCCAAUUGCCCAGAUACUCUUGAACAGUUCCUUGGCCGCAUCAGCAGCCUUCUGAAUUUGGUAAUGCCAUUGAGAUCUUCAUUUGAAGAUUCACGCGGUGCUUUUA